CCCAAUACUAUAACAGCAUCCGCCCGUACCUAUCAUGAUGUCCUCAAAACAUCACAUUCUUUAAUAUCUCAGGGGACCCAUGGCCACGACGCAUAUCUAUCAGUCUUCUUAGAAUAUGCUUCACUUUCCUGUCCCAUUCAAUCCCCACUUUUCCCAACAUGCACGAAGCUGCACUCUACGUUGCUGUCUUCGCUGCUCUCUAUAUCCUCUGGCGUUAUACUAAACCAACUCAUCAUCCCCCUGGUCCUUUUCGUUGGCCAAUAGUUGGCAAUGCCUUUGAUAUUCCGACCGAAACUCCCUGGCGCCAGUUUGCGGAAUGGGGGAAGCAAUAUGGCGACAUCGUCUAUCUUCGUGUAUUUGGUCGCUCUAUCCUAGUACUCAACUCUUUGGAGGCGAUCACGGACUUGUAUGAACAGAGGUCAAGUAUCUAUUCGGAUAAAAGCCCGAGAGCCAUGGGUGAAUUGAGUGGCUUUGGGCGUAUUUUAGCGACGAGACUGAACGGGGACGAUGUUAGGGAGACCAGGAAGCUUCUAAACACUGAGUUCGGGCCUCGUGCGAUCAAAAGGCAUACACACAUUCUGGAAGAGAAUGCUCGUCGCCUUUGCUUGUCAAAUAUCGAGCACCCAGAAGAAUUUCUGGGUAAUAUCCAUAGAAUGUCUGUAGCAAACAUCAUGCGGAUAGCAUACGGCUACGUCGUUGGUGAGGAUGUGGAAGCGGACGAGCUGGUUGUUCUAGCCACUCAGGUAAUGCACGAUGUCAGCACAGCGCUCGCUGCCAACACAUAUCUCGUCAAUUCACUUCCAUUCCUGAGAUAUAUACCAGCGUUCGUGCCUGGAGCCUCUUUCCAGAAAACAGCUGCCAGAUCUCGGGAGACAUUCGAUCUUUUCUUGAGGAAACCUUUUGAAUUUGUAUUGAACCAAGUGAAUUCGGGAACUGCCAUGCCCUCACUUUUAUCCAACGCCCUUGAGGAAAACGGUCUCGAGAACAGUAUGUCCAACGCCACCUAUCUAAAUCGCCUGAAAGACGCGGGAGCGGAAGUCUACGGCGCCGGAACGGACACGAAUGCCAGCAUUAUCUCCUCUUUUUACUUAGCAAUGGUUCUUUAUCCAGACGUUCAGAGACGAGCCCAAGAGGAAAUAGUAGCGGUCAUUGGAGAUGAGCGACUGCCCAGACUAUCAGACCGUGAAUCUUUACCGUACGUUGGCGCUCUCGUUGAGGAAAUCUUCCGGUGGAACACGCCAGCACCGGCCGUGACUCGAGCGAUUUUGGUACCUGACGUUUACCGUGAUUUUCAUAUUCCCGCUGGCACUGUCGUUGUUGCAAAUCUUUGGGCUGUCACACGAAACGAAAGCUGGUUCCCUGAUCCCGAAACGUUCAAUCCAGAGCGAUACUUGAAUCGGGACAAGGAGCCUCAAAUUCCCGAACCGACGAGUCUGAUUUUUGGUUUUGGCCGCAGAUCUUGCCCUGGAUCUUACCUUGCAGUCGAUACCGUGUGGACGGCCGUUGCAAUGACUUUGGCCACCUGCACCAUUUCCCCUGAACUUGACGCUGAAGGAAAGGCCGUUCUUCCCGAAGUCAGAUACACCAGUGGAGCCUUCAGCCAUCCGUAUCCAUUCUGCUGCCAAAUUCAUCGCCGUUCUGAAGGAGUAUCUGAGCUACUAGAUCCUCAAUGAAUACCGCUUUUAGUGACGCGGGUGUCGAAACGGUCCACAUUUGUAGAUACUAAUUAGGGAAUCCGCCCUUUCUGAAUGCUAUCGGUUCACUACAUGGUCUACCCAUUCCCACAAACACCUGCCAGUCCUUCCUAUUCAAUCCUUUGGGAAGCCGUUGUCUUAGCAAAGUAGCCGAUUUUGAUCGUCAAAUAGUCGUAGUAGGGAUGGUGCAUGCCUAGAUAUCACGGGUCGCGCACCAUACAUCUUCCGUUGAUGACCACCUAAUAGGUGAUCAUCAACGGAAGAUUUCCACUGUGGCACCAUCAAGAAGUUACGAGACCGGGAAUACUGUAGUACCCUAGUCGUACU